AUGUUCCGCGCUCGGCCAAAUCAUAUCCGUCCGUCUGAAGUCUCGGCCAAAGUCCACCGGCCGAUCACGCAACACGACCCGGGAAACAUUGUCCCGCGGUCGGCCAAGCCAAACGUCCACGCCACGCCGCGCACGACCAAAGCGCGCGAGCCGGGAACAAGCCUCGCGGCCGCGCAACCCUUCGCGUACCACGGCCGAUGCAUCCGUCCGAGCCGGGAAAGAACGUCCCACGUCCGGCCGAGAAACAUCGGCCAAAUCUCUCCGCCGACCACGCCGGCCGACCGUGAAUCCAUCCGGCCCGACCGUUCCGACUCGGCCACAACCCGAUUGUCCGGCCGAUCGUCCCGCACGACCGUCCCAACGCCGCGGUCGACCCGAAGCCCUUUUGAAGCCCAAUUAUAUUUUCAAGCCCGGCUUAACCCUAAGCCGCCUCUAGAAAGACCUAGCACUAUAUAUAUAGGAUUUUUAGCCUCUUGUGAAAAGAGAGCCGCCCUUGUAUUUCGAUUUCCUACUCUAAGUUUUAUUGCAAUCAUGUUUUCUUCAUCUCUAUGUGUGUUUGCUUUGAUCAUGUCUGAGUAA